AUGUCCAAGAAGAAGCUUGUUGAGUGUGAUACCAUUAAGGUUAAUCAUAGGUGUAGUUCUACCAUUGAUAGAGAAGUUGCAGAAAAGAAAGAUGACCCCAGAGCAUUCACUAUCACUUGCUCUAUUGGGACUCAUGAGUUUGCAAAAGCUCUUUGUAACCUUGGUAUGAGCAUAAACCUAAUUCCCUUUGUCAUCUAUAAGCUUCUUGACUUGGAAACUCCUACACCGACCUUGAUACAACUUUUCAUGGUGGACCGAUCCAUAAAAAGGCCGGUGGGUAUAUUGUUUGAGGUCGCUGUAAAAGUGAAAAAAAUCAUUCUCCUGGCAGAUUUCGUAGUAUUGGAUUGUGAGAUGGACCAAGAGGUGCCUAUCAUUCUUGGUCAUCCUUUCUUGGCCACUGGGAGAGCCAUUAUCUAUCUAGAGCUGGGGGAGAUGAAACUUCAGGUACAAGAAAAUGAGUUCUCGUUCAAAAUUUGCAAGUCAAAGAAGUAA